GUAUUAGCACAAUUAAGGCGAUAUCAAAUAUACAUGCUUCUACCAGAAACAUUUCAGAUAAAUGCACAAUCUUGCUAUCGUUGUCCUAAUUUGAAAUCUUCCUUUAAAUCAAAAUGGGUGAACGAAAAGGCCAGCAGAAAUACUACCCUCCAGACUGGAGACCAGAACAUGGGUCCCUGGAUAACUACUAUGGAACCCACCCUCUCAGAGACCGGGCGAGAAAACUGGAUCGCGGCAUUCUCAUCAUCCGGUUUGAGAUGCCAUUCAACAUCUGGUGCGAUGGAUGUAAUAACCACAUAGGCAUGGGAGUCCGUUAUAAUGCCGAGAAAACAAAAGUGGGGAUGUAUUACUCGACGCCCAUUUACAAGUUCAGCAUGAAAUGUGUUUAUUGUCCGAGUAUAAUUCAAAUCCAAACAGACCCAAAAAAUUGCGAUUACACCGUAAUGUCGGGAGCCAGAAGAGUUAAUAAUCGCUGGAAAGCAGAAGACGCUGAACAGAUUGAAGCUGUGGAAUAUAAUGAAAAGCAGAGGCUCAGAAAUGACGCCAUGUUUAAUCUAGAUUACGGGCACAAAGACAAAACGAAGGCGGCCAAAGAAAUUCCGACUCUAGCUGAGAUUUACCAUACACAAGAUAGUAACUGGAAAGAUGUCCACACCGCAAACUCAGUUCUAAGAAAGAAGUUUCGAGAAGAAAAGAAACAAAUAUUAGCCAAUGAGAAAGCAGACGAAGAAAUAUCCGAUAAACUAAAUUUGAAUUUUGAUCUCGUACCAAAAACGGAAUCAGAUGAAAUUGAAGCAAAGCAAACAUUUCUCAUCGAGAGCUCUUCCAAACUUUCAGUACCCACAGUUGCUAGCAAAAAACUGGGUGUUAAACUAUCGGCCCAGUCUCAAAAACUGAGAGUCAUUAAGCGUUCGUUGAAUGUCAGUCUUUCGAAAAAGGUUAAGCUAAUAAAAGAUCCUUCAAGCGUUUUUCGCAGUGCUUCGUUGACUAAUCUCGUUGCUAUUAAGCCCAAGUCUAAAUCCUCGAUUAAAAAGACAGCAGCAAGUUCAAUUAGCGAUCUUCAAGAAACAAGCAGGAACGACGUACUCGGAGAUACAAGAAGUUUGACAAAUUCCGAUACGAAGACAAUUAAUCAAAAUAAUAGCUCUUCAUCCUUGCUUUCGCUCGCAGGAAAUUAUUCAGACUCAAAUGAAGAUCCAGAUUAGAAUAAAAAGUACUGUAUAGCUUAAUAAGUCAGGUUUAUGGUUUUUUAAAU